AGAUGGAGGCUGUGUGUGAAGAGAGUUUGCACAGGUUUUUGGGAGCUGUGCGUGUUGAUUGGAGGAACCAGUUCUGUGUCACCCCACCCAACAUAAGCUUCACAUUCUUACUGACAGAGGAAGACAAACCUCAAAUGCCUGAGGGCUCUUUGCUGAAGCUCCAGGCUCUGGAGGGAGACACCAGCCCUUCUUCAGACACCUCUCCCGAAGAAAGUCCACCCAGCCUGGGAUUCAAAGACGAAAUCCUGAUUCCUUCAUGCAAUGACGUUGGGCAAGAGCACAGCUCACCAGACUGUAGGCUGGCAGAGGGUGACUGUAGCAGUGAUCUCCAGCAGAGCCCGGGGCCCAGUCGACUCAUCCAGCACAUCACAGAUGACAACAGCCCCCUGCCCUCCCCACGCUGCUCCAGCCUCAGCCAGAGCCAACGCUUCAACACAGACCCUGAAUCUGCCCCAUCUCCACCCUGCGCACAGCAUCUCAUCAUGGCUCGUGGAGUUGUUAGAACAGAGGUUCCUGGAGACGCAAAGGAAGCUACUUCCAUCCCACUCCUCACCAAACACAUCCAAACUCUCAAGAGGAAAAUACGCAGGUUUGAGGAGCGCUUUGAGCACGAAAUGAACUAUAAGCCUUCACAUAAUGAUAAAUCGGCCAAUCCUGAGAUGUUCAAGCUCAUUAGUGAACUAGCCAGGUCUCGCAAGCAGCUCAAAGGUAAAACUCUUAGAAUGACAUUUGAGGAAUCCCGGACACAUGAGAACAACCAGUCCACAGAUAUUUGCAGGUACACCAACGGCCAGCAGGAGACGCCAGAGCAGCAGCACAAGCCCUCUCUGGAGGAGACGGUGGACACACUCCUGAAACGACUACGGGAGAAACGCCAGGCCCUCGGCCUCCCAGACAACAUGAAGGAGAUGACCCAAAGACAGAUGGCCCUGGAGAAGAUCACUCUGCAAAAAUGUCUGCUGAAUUUUGAGAGCUUACACGGCCGCCCUGGCACCAAACAAGAGAAAAACCUGGUAAAACCUCUCUAUGAUAGAUACCAGAUGGUGAAACAUCUCCUGUGUGCGACUCCCACUAUUACAACUAUAGUCUGA